CCUGGUUAUGUAUGUGAGUUAGAUAUGGAAGUUAUAAUUUACUCAACAUCAAGUGCAGCAAUUAAUGAAACUUGCAAAAAAAUAUUUGAUGUAAAGACGCGUUUUUCUGGACCAACACUUGGUAGUUCAGAUCAAGCGGAAUGGAAUUUUGCAGCGGAUUUUGAAAUUACCAAUACUAUAUUAGGAGCAUGGAGAUCAAUGAUACGAUAUCUUGAGUUUUGGACGUGUGCAGAAGAUCCAUCAAGUGAUCAUGCUUCAAUACUUUAUUUAUAUACAAAUAAUCUUCUAAAUAGUAUUCCAUACAAUCCAUUAGAGGCAAAAAUAUUCGUAAAGAAUCAAGAUCUUCAAAAUAAAGUUGAUCAGUUUUGGAAUUGUUUCAAUACUUCUAUCAAAAUGAACAAGUGUGGCUUGGAUAGUAAACAAAGAAUAUUAUCAGUAAUUGUCAAUGAUUUCGGGUGUCAUGGAAUGCAAGAAAAUUUGAAGAUUUCAAAUGAUUUGAUGAAUGCAGCAAGAAAAUAUUCACGAACCAAUGGACCUGGUUAUAAAGAUAAUGUUUCUAUGAGUUCUUACAAAGUUCAUUCAAAAACUAAUCUUUCAAUUCUUUAUUUAAAAGACAAUAAAGAAGCACUUUGGAAAAAGUAUGAAGUAACUUAUCCAGAUGGAAUUAAACAAACAUCAUUUAUGGCACAAUUGGAAAAUGGACAAUAUAUUUAUCGAAAUGAUCUAGGAGGCUUAUGUAGUAUUUGUAAUGAAUAUUUUUAUGAAGUUUUUGAUACAUUGAUUAGUUUAAUUCGAUUAAACAUUGCUAAUCAAGAAGAAAAAAAUAAAUUAAUUAUAGAAUUAGAAAAACUAUGUAUUAAUUAA